CCCCCCUCGCCUGCGGCCGCAGCGGCCGAAGCAGCCAGUCCGGGCGCUCCUUGGCGCUGCCAUGAGCAGUGGGGCGGCCGCGGCGCGCCCGGGCUGCUCCGCCGCACCAUGAGGCUCUCCUGCAAGGUCGUGGCCGUCCUGCUGUGCCUGGGCAGUCUCCUGCUUCUUUAUCUGCUCGGGGGCAGCGCAGACGAAGCGCCCCCCAGAGCGCCUCCGGGCAAGAGUUGGCUGCGCUCUGCGCUCUCCGGCCCCGGGGGAGCCAGCGCGCCCUCUCCCUUCGCUCUGGCCCGACCCCUGGGAGCGGCUCAAGUUUCUAAGCGGCUCCGGCAGCCACGUCUCCACACGAAGCCGGGCAAGAGGAUCGCGGGGAGGCAGGACAAGUUUGCCGGCGUUAGAAAGCAUGGGGAGCCAAAACAUUCCCCGGCCUUGCCAGCAGAACAAUGGAUGCACCUGGCCGUCGUGGCAUGUGGGGACCGUCUGGAAGAGACGCUCAUUAUGCUCAAAUCAGCUAUCCUCUUCAGCUAUCGCAAGAUUCGAUUUCACAUCUUUGCUGAGGAUUCACUGAAGCCUGAGUUUGAUAAGAAGUUGCGACAGUGGCCUUCCUCGUACACAAAGAAGUUUGAACACAGCAUCUACCCGAUCACGUUUUCUGUUGGAAAUGCUCAGGAAUGGAAGAAGCUCUUCAAGCCUUGUGCUGCCCAGAGACUCUUUCUUCCGGUGAUUUUGAAGGAUGUGGACUCACUGCUCUAUGUAGACACAGAUGUUCUCUUUCUUCGUCCCAUUGAUGAUAUCUGGAGGCUUCUGAAGCAAUUUAAUUCCACCCAGCUUGCAGCCAUGGCCCCCGAGCAUGAGAUUCCCAAAAUUGGAUGGUACAGUCGUUUUGCUCGGCAUCCUUACUACGGAAUGACUGGAGUUAAUUCAGGAGUGAUGCUAAUGAAUUUAACUCGAAUAAGAAAUACACAGUUCAAGAAUAGCAUGAUUCCAACGGGCUUGGCUUGGGAGGACAUGCUGUACCCUCUGUACCAGAAGUACAAGAAUUACAUCACGUGGGGAGACCAGGAUUUACUGAAUAUUAUUUUUUACUUUAACCCAGAGUGUCUCUAUGUGUUUCCAUGCCAGUGGAAUUACAGGCCCGACCACUGCAUGUAUGGCAGUAAUUGUAAAGGAGCAGAACAAGAAGGUGUGUCUGUUCUUCAUGGCAAUCGAGGGGUCUAUCAUGACGACAAGCAACCAACUUUCAAAGCCUUAUACGAAGUAAUGCGUGAUUUUCCCUUUCAAGACAAUCUUUUUCAAUCCAUGUAUUACCCUCUCCAGUUGAAGUUUUUGGAAACUGUACAUACUUUAUGUGGACGAAUUCCACAAGUUUUUCUGAAGCAGAUCGAGAAAACAAUGAAGAGAGUGUAUGAGAAGCAUGUCAUUGUCCACCUCAGAUCCAACAGGAUGUAUUAUUAAAUACACCUCAUGGUCUUUAAAAAAAAAAAAAAAACUAAAAACCUCUAAAUUUGGCUUAUCGUUGGCAGAUCGUUGCAUCUCCCAUGAUCAAGGAGCUAAAAAAAAGCUUGUGAAACAGGCUGGAUCCUCUUUCAUAGUCUUAUGAUUUCACGAUGCUCUCAGACUAUCAUUUAAAAAUGAAAUUGUGAAAAUUUUGCAGUGUUGAUUUUGCUUCAAUGGAGUAUGCUUUUUGUUCAAGGAUUUUUUAAAAAAAAACUUUUUUGGUAGGUUUUCAUGUUAUUGAUCAUAAAACGUUGCUGCAACAAUAUGAACUAGCUGUGAAAAGAA